GACACACUGGUUGGAAGAGAAAACAAUUGUUGCUUUUAUUUACAAAUAUUCAGUUCAUUAAAUCUCUACCCGAAAAUGCAAUCAAAUAUUGAGAAUGUAUCGCGGGACUAUGCCAAGAUACUGCAGAGCGCCGAUCUGGACAAGGAGAUAAAUCCACUAGGCACGAACAUAGAGGAUAUGCUGGCCAGAUUAGAUGAGUUUGAGACUUUGCUGGCUUCGGUGCGUGCCGAGUCCAAUGGCAUGAUGGCCAACAACGUCUGCGCCAUCCUGGGAUUCGGAGACAGUUUCGAGCAACUAAAGACGAGGAUCGACAGUCUGGAGCAAUUUGUGGGUGUAGUUAGUGCCAAUUUGACGGAAGUCGAAAGAUCCGUGGAUAUAGCCGAGGAGGAGCUGCAUGUCACGGACUACAGCCUCAAGGGACUCCUCCUCAAGCCCCUGAAGGCCAAGCUAGGUGCCAGCGAUCCCAGCACACUCAGUUCCCUGCCACGAUCCAAUCUCAGCCAGGAGGAGUAUCAGCCUGUGGAGAUCUACAAAUCCGAUGAUUACUUCGGAAAGUCUGAGGAGGAGAACUACGUAGCUACAUGACUAAAUAUAGUAAAUAAUUAGAAGAAACAUAGCUUUAAUAGAGCUGUUAUUACCUGAAAUAGAAAACAACUUGUUAAGGAUCUUUGCAGAUGCAUAAACAUUAAAACAUCUACUUUUGUAAAGUUGGUUAAGUGCAACUCAAUUGCUUCUCGGAACUAUUUAAUUUGCAUUUUGUGUUUAAAUGAGGCCAUUCAAAUGCUUUUUGAAUAUGCAAUAACUAUCAAAUUAAAACAAAGACAUCUUAAUUAAGCUUCGUACUUACAUUUAAGUACCUACUUGUUAUAAAUGCAACAUAUUACAGAUUGAAUGGAAAAAACCGAA